AUGAAUGGCACAGAAGGACCCAACUUUUAUGUCCCCAUGACUAACAAGUCGGGGUUGGUCCGCAGCCCAUUUGAGCACCCUCAGUACUACCUGGCUGAGCCCUGGAAGUACUCUCUUUUGGCUGCGUACAUGCUGUUCCUCAUCAUCACCGCUUUCCCCAUCAACUUCCUCACCCUCUAUGUCACUGUCAAACACAAAAAGCUGAGGACCCCUCUGAACUACGUCCUGCUCAACCUGGCGGUGGCCGACCUCUUCAUGGUCACUGGGGGCUUCACGGUCACCCUCUACACAGCCCUGCACGGGUACUUCAUCUUAGGCGUCACCGGCUGCAACAUUGAAGGAUUCUUCGCCACCUUAGGAGGAGAGAUUGCUCUCUGGUCUCUGGUGGUUUUGGCUAUUGAGCGCUACAUUGUGGUCUGUAAGCCGAUGACCAACUUCCGCUUUGGGGAGAAACAUGCGAUCGGCGGCCUGGCAUUCUCAUGGAUCAUGGCUCUGACGUGUGCUGCUCCUCCUCUGCUUGGAUGGUCCCGGUACAUCCCAGAGGGAAUGCAGUGCUCCUGUGGGAUUGACUACUACACUCCAAAGCCUGAGAUCAACAACACCUCAUUUGUCAUCUAUAUGUUUGUCCUCCAUUUCUGUAUCCCCCUCUUCAUCAUUUUCUUCUGCUACAGUCGCCUACUCUGCACUGUGCGAGCGGCUGCGGCUCAGCAGCAGGAGUCUGAAACCACCCAGAGGGCGGAGAAGGAGGUCACGCGUAUGGUUAUUGUCAUGGUGAUCUCCUUCCUGGUGUGCUGGGUGCCCUAUGCCAGCGUGGCUUGGUACAUCUUUGCCAAUCAGGGAACAGAGUUUGGACCAGUAUUCAUGACUGCUCCGGCCUUCUUCGCCAAGAGUGCUGCUCUGUACAACCCGGUCAUCUACAUUCUGCUCAACAGACAGUUCAGAAACUGCAUGAUCACCACGGUGUGCUGUGGAAAAAACCCGUUUGGAGACGAUGAGGCCGCCGCCGCUGUCUCCAAAACCCAGACUUCAUCUGUCUCCUCCAGCCAGGUGGCCCCCGCUUGACCUGUACCCUCUCCCCCGCCCCUCCUCCUUCAGUGUCCCAUCUGUCCCUGCACACCUAGGGACCCACCACCGCCAAGCGGCACUGCGUUCUAUCGGCCAAUCCUCUUGACUUACCUCUCCAUGUGUCUUCACUGUAGUGGCACGAUUGCACCUUUGGUGGGUCUGACAUACUCAAGAGCCAGCAUGUGUAUUUUCAAUCCAUUUAAUCAUGGAAAGUGUUCAGCUGGCUUCACAGAGUUUAACCUGGCAUCAAGGGGCUGCCGUCCGUGUGAUGAUCCAACUGAACACAUUCCAAGCUCCCCACAGCCCAAAGCACAUAAUAGGUGAAAAUCUAAUUCAGCAAACCACAGCGCACGAUUUCAUCCACAUCAACUCCCAUUCAAGUCAUUGCUGCAGCUAUAUAGCCCCAGAAUAUGCUUUAAACAACCAAUUUUUAUGAAUACUUAGGUGAAAUUAGUCAUGAAUAUUAAUAAUUAGAUAUCUCAGAUGAGUUUUGAAGGCAUCAGAUGGAGCUGCCCUCUGGUCUGCCUGUCUCCCCUCUUGUCUUUAUGGUGACAAAGCUGAGAUUGUUAGUUUGCUUUUGGCAUCAACUGAGACAUGAGUGUAAACAGAUGGACCUGAAAAGAGCCUCUGCAGGGAGAAGGCGCCUCCUGCAAGAGAGUGCAUGUGUGUGUGUGUGUGUGUGCGUGCAUGCAUGUGUGCGUAUAUGUGUGUGGUGGAUGUUUAUGUGUUUGAAUGGAUGUUGGAAUGUCAGCGUGUGCAUUAAAGAGAUGUUAUUUUGUUCACUGUGUAAAGACUAGGAUCUUGUGGAAGUUGUUCUGUGUCCUGCAAUAAAAA